CACCUAUCUUCAUCUGCCACCUCUAUCUAGGAUUUACACCUAUGGUGAGAAGACCAUGCUUGUAUCCUAACUGCCUAAAGUCUACACGCCGCCGGGAAAAACACGACAAUCUGCCUCACUACAAAUGCCUGGGGUGUCAAGCGGUAGCCCCUCGAACCUUGCAAUGGCAACAUCGCCAUCCUUUUACCACCCAACCCCUUACACGUCCGCCGACCCCUUCAAUCUGUCGAAACAAACCCAAGCCUUGUUGGUGUUCACGAUGCCCUACUCAGGAGCGCAAGAAUCUUGUACGUCACAAGAAAACACCACAUUAUAUCUGUGAAACAUGUGACUCGGAAGGUGGCACGAGGGUUUUCAUCGGAGAGGCCAUUGCUCACAGGCAUGAAAGAUUACGCCUGGGCCAUAUUGUCUUUAGGUUAAGAGAGGGCGAUCGUACUGAGCAUACACCGUCAAAAUCAGUCAAUGCAAGCCCGGAUAAUCCGGCGCAUAGAUUGAACGUGUGUCUCCAACCAAGAUUGAAUGACCAUACCACGGUAAAUGGUCCGCAGGCGAGUGUGGAACUUUCUAGGACAAGAGGUCCCGGUCGGCCUUCGCUGGAGGAGUUAGCUGCGACGUUACGAGAAUCACAACGGAUUGUCUGUGUCGCAGGUGCAGGUAUCUCAACAUCUGCAGGAAUUCCGGAUUUCCGUUCUGCUCAGGGACUCUUUGUACGGCUUGAGAUGGAACAUGGCCUUGCCGAAGGCUCAGGCAAGGAGAUCCUUUCCGCGUCCGUCUACGAGCAUGAAAGCACCACAGCAGCACUGCACAGCUUUGUUCGUAACUUCAUAGAACUUGUUGAUGCUGCACGACCUACCCCAUUUCAUCAUUUCUUGGAUCGAAUUGCGGCCAAAGGCAAACUCCAACGUCUCUUUACGAUGAACAUCGAUGAUUUGGACGUCUCAAUACCUAAUCUAACCACUGAAAGGCCGCUUCCUUUACAUGGCCCUUGGCCGAAAACAAUUCAGCUUCACGGUACUAUCAGUAAAAUGGAAUGUACGAAGUGCCACAGGAUCAGUAAUCUUGAUAGGGCUUUAUUUGUAGGACCGUCCAUGCCUUUAUGCCCGCGGUGCAGUAGGCAGACCCGUAAACAUGGGCUGAGGCCCCGUUUUACACUUUACGACGAAAGUGUCAGAGACGAUUUUGCUAUCGGUAAUGCCGAGCAAGAGGAUAUCAAAUCAAGACCAGAUCUUGUUCUCGUGGUAGGAACUAGCUUGCAGAUUCCUUCUGUCACAAGAUUGAUUCACAAAUUCGGCCACUUCGCCAAACUUCUGUGGAUUAACAUAGAGCCACCACCGGAACUUCCUUUCGGCUUCGACUACAUAUAUAGGGCUCCCUGUGAUGAUUUUGCGAGGUGGAUUUCCACCGAGUUUGAUAAGAACGAACGUAGUUCUCAGUCUUGAAUUAUCGAAAUCUGGAGACUAUAAGAAUA